GGCAGGACUGAGGGGCCCGUUGGAGCACCGGUUCUCUGCAGCACCCUGGACUCCCCGCCACAGACCCGGGAACCAGCUCUCUCUCGGCUCCCCCCCCUGGCUGCAGCGCAGGUAACCAUGACAACACUGCUCCUGCUGUGCGUGACGUUGCCCUUCGUCUCCGCGACGACAACGACGUUUGAACCCCAUGACGAUGAGGAUGGUAGGUUGCACGUCAGCAUCCCUGAGGAGAUGCCCCUCCGUCCUCUGCUGGGCGGCAAAGUCGUGGUGCCGUGUUACUUCCAGGAAAAGGCCGUGGACGACCCCGGAGCCCCGACCGUCAGCCCGCUGGCCCACCGCAUCAAAUGGACCUACGUCACCAAGGAGAAGGUUUCCACCAUCCUGGUGGCCUCUGAAGGGAAAGUCCACGUGGAGAGAGAGUAUCUGGACAGAGUGACCAUGGUCAACUACCCGCUGGUUCCCACAGACGCCAGCAUGGAAGUGAGCGAGCUCCGGUCCAAAGACUCGGGCACCUAUCGCUGCGAGGUGAUGCACGGCUUCCAGGACAACUACGACUCUGUGGACGUCCAGGUUCAAGAUGAGGACGGUAGGUUGCACGUCAGCAUCCCUGAGGAGAUGCCCCUCCGUCCUCUGCUGGGCGGCAAAGUCGUGGUGCCGUGUUACUUCCAGGAAAAGGCGGUGGACGACCCCGGAGCCCCGACCGUCAGCCCGUUGGCCCACCGCAUCAAAUGGACCUACGUCACCAAGGAGAAGGUUUCCACCAUCCUGGUGGCCUCUGAAGGGAAAGUCCACGUGGAGAGAGAGUAUCUGGACAGAGUGACGAUGGUCAACUACCCGCUGGUUCCCACAGACGCCAGCAUGGAAGUGAGCGAGCUCCGGUCCAAAGACUCGGGCACCUAUCGCUGCGAGGUGAUGCACGGCUUCCAGGACAACUACGACUCUGUGGACGUUCAGGUUCAAGGUAUCGUGUUCCACUACCGAGCCAUCUCCAGCCGCUACACCCUGACGUUUGAGAGAGCCAAGGCCGCCUGUAUCCAGAACAGCGCCGCCAUUGCUACGCCGGCGCAGCUCCAGGCAGCUUACGAUGACGGCUACCACCAGUGCGAUGCUGGGUGGCUCUCCGACCAGACCGUCAGGUAUCCUAUCCAUGAGCCACGAGAGCGUUGCUAUGGAGACAAGGAGACCUUUCCUGGCGUGAGAACGUACGGCAUUAGGGACGCUAACGAGACCUAUGACGUGUACUGCUUUGCUGAGAAGAUGCCAGGCAGAGUCUUCUACUCCAUGUCGCUGGAGAAGUUCACCUUCUACGAAGCUCAGGACCAGUGCGCUAAGCUGGGAGCCCGGCUGGCCACCACAGGGGAGCUGUACCUGGCCUGGCGGGGGGGCAUGGACGUGUGCAACGCCGGCUGGCUGGCGGACAGGAGCGUACGCUACCCCAUCAACGUCGCCAGGCCUCAGUGUGGAGGGGGGCUCCUGGGGGUUCGAACCGUCUACCUGUUUCCCAACCAGACCGGAUACCCGUACCCGGACUCCCGCUACGAUGCUGUUUGUUUCCAAGAUGCCGAGGACGAGGGCGUCGUGCCGGGAAGGACCACGCCGUUCCCAGACAUCAGGACCAUGACUCCGGCCCCGGUACCGUACCCGGGUCCAACGCCCACACCCGGGUCUGUGGACUCUGGAGGAGUUUACACCUUCUCUCCAUUACCUGUCCCCCCCACCGGACUGGGCCAUACAGGUGUGGUGUUCCACUACCGGCCCGUGUCGGGUCGGUACUCCCUGACCUUCCCGGAGGCCCAGCAGGCGUGCCGGGCCGCGGGGGCCGUGGUGGCCGGCCCCCAGCAGCUGCAGGAGGCCUUUGAGAAGGGUCUGCACCAGUGUGACGCCGGCUGGAUCAGCGACCAGACCGUCCGGUAUCCCAUCGUGUCCCCGAGAGAGAACUGUGUGGGGAACCUUCCCCACCUCCCCGGGGUCCGGUCCUACGGCCUGAGACCGGCGACCGAACGCUAUGACGUGUAUUGUUACGUUGAGGGCCUGAAAGGCGAGGUGUUCUUCUCCAGCGACUACGACAGCUUCUCCUACGACGAGGCGGUGCAGCACUGCCAGCAGCUCAACGCCAGCCUGGCCUCCCCGGGCCAGCUGCACGCCGCCUGGACCCGGGGGCUGCACAAGUGCCGGCCCGGCUGGCUGCUGGACGGCAGCGUCCGCUACCCCGUCACCAACCCCCGGUCCUACUGCGGCGGCGGCCACGUGGGCGUCCACGCCGUCCACGCCUUCCCCAACCAGACGGGCUUCCCCGACCAGCACUCGCGCUACGACGCCUACUGCUUCAGAGCCGACGUUCCUGAUGUCGCCGCUGGAAACGAAACGGAUUUCGGUCCGACGACGCCGACCGAGGACGUCACGGCCGCGACCACAGCCUUCACCGACGUGUUCGUUCCCACAGGUCGGCCUACCAUGAUUGUGGACUACAACGAAACAGAAACCGAUAUACCUUUACUGGAAACGGAGCUGAUCAACAAGACCGUCAUCACAUCUCAAGGAGUGAGACCCAUUUUGCCUCCAGCCCCAGUCGACACAUCAGGAUCUGGUUCUGGUUCUGGGGAACCGUCAGCCAGCGGGGAGGUCUCUGGAGAACCUUCCACCUCUGGCUCCGGCGGCGAUACGUCUGCUUCAGGAGUGGACGUCACUUACAGCGGACGCACCGACGUCUUCUCUGGAGACCAGUCCGCCUCUGGGGGUCAGCAGGAGGGAGGCACGGCCAUCUUCACGUCUGGGUCUGGGUCUGGGUCUGGGUCUGGAUCUGGAUCUGGGUCUGUAUAUGGAUCUGGGUCUGGAUCUGGGUCUGGAUCUGGAUCUGGGGAGGAGCUUGACAGACAACACUCCGGGUUUGUUACAUCGGGAUCAGGUCUCACCAGUGGCAGUGGAGACACCGCCAUCACCCUGGUAGAUGAACGGAUGGUGGAGGUGUUGAAGAUGACCAAGGAACACGAGCUAGGACUGGGGGGAAUCGAUGUCAGCGGGGGGGGUUUACUACACAGCGGGUCCGGGUCAGGAGGUCCGUCCGGGUCAGGAGGUCCGUCCGGGUCAGGAGGUUCGUCCGGGUCAGGAGGUCCGUCCGGGUCAGGCUCUAGUGGAUUCUCCAGCGUUUCCUUUGUGGACUUUAGCGGCACUGACAUCACGACGAGGCGGCCGGGGCAGCAGGAAGUGUCAGGGUCCGGUCCAUCUGGAUCUGGAUCAGGGUUCCUCCCCAGCGGUUUUCCCUCCGGUGUCUCAGGAAGCGGUUCAGCCUCCGGAGACUCCCUCCACCAGGUCACCUACAUCACCGAUGACGAGGCGACGGAGGUGACGGAGGGGGCCGUAGCGCCGCCGGGCGGCCGUCCCCAGCAGGGCCGGGGCGUGGUGGAGGUGAGCGGGGGAGGCAGUGGGUCGGGGGCGCACCGUGAAGCAAGCGGGACUGUGGGUGUAUCGGGAAGUUUUGGACUCCCCCAGGAAAGCCCUCCUGCUACGGCGAGCUACGCGGAGCACGGCGCUACGCCGAACCAGUCGGGAUUCUGGGAGGACGAGUAUCCGGUCGUCACGGUGACUCCAGACGCAGCGUACGGCCCGACCACGGCGCCGUCGGUGUCGCUGGUGACGCCUCUGGUGGUGGAGCAGCCCGACCCGGAGGAAGCUCUGCAGGGCUGUCUGGACGGCUGGACGGAGUUCCAGUCCAGCUGCUACCGCCACUUCGAGGAUCGAUUCACCUGGUUGGAGGCGGAGGGGCGCUGCCAGGAGCUCAACGCCCACCUGGUCAGCAUCGGCUCGCAGGAGGAGCAGCAGUUCAUCAACGACCGAAACCACGACUACCAGUGGAUCGGACUCAACGACAAAGAUGUACAAAACGAGUACCGCUGGACAGACGGCAGUCCUCUGGUGUUUAAGAACUGGAAGCAGAACCAGCCGGACAACUCCUUGUUCCCGGCGGACGACUGCGUGGUGAUCAUCUGGCACGAGGUCGGCCGGUGGGACGACGUACCCUGCAGCUACCAGCUGCCCUUCACCUGCAAGACCAGCCCCGCUACGUGCGGCGCCCCCCCCGCGGUGGACCACGGCAGGCCGAUGGGCGGCUCCAGACCCUCGUACCCCGUCGACUCCGUAGUGCGCUACCAGUGCGAUGCAGGUUUCACGCAGCGCCACCUGCCUGUCAUACGCUGCCUGGCGAGCGGCCAGUGGGAAGACCCACAGGUGGAGUGCACAGCAGCUAGCGCCAGCGCUAACAGGCUACACAAAAGGUCCCUCAGGAGAAGAAGUAAAGGCGUCAGCAGCCGAGCAGAGCAGAGGAAGCAGCCCUGAGGAGGACGACGAGGACAAACCGCAGCGCCUCAGAGGAACAGACACAACGCAAACUUCCAGCCUAAAGCAUAGCUCCCUCUCUGUAUAUACACGAAAGCACAUUUAGACGUUGAAAUGAACAAAGUGUCACCACCACCCUCUGAAGGCUGAUCUUUUUUGUCUUUAUAGUUUUUAAAUUAUAUUCCAGGUUUAGGUUUUCUAGUUAAACAGACACAAAACUCAAAACAGGCGAACAACAACACUAAACCUCCAAAACAUCAGUCUGGUGAGGG